AUGUGGAUACAGCACAUCACCAAGUCGUUAAAGCUAUAUGCUUACAAAACGACCGUUGUUAAGGGACAGCCGCUAAGCAUGAAUGAUUUAUGCAUCUAUCUAUUAUGGCACAACUGCAUCGAUUGCGAGUUAUACAAACUGACUGAUCAUACCUCGCAUUCCAUAAUUCCUCAAAUGAUUGUUUUUUUGGUAGCAGUUUUAGCUGCUGCAUCUUGCAUCAAUGCUCAGAUUCCUACAGAACAACCUGCUUUUGUUGAACAUGCUUGGUCCAAGUAUAGACCCAUCAACCUUUAUCGCGAUGCUGGAUUGUUUACCUUUUUCCCAUAUACUCUUGAACAGCGAAAUGUUCUAGUGUCAAAUGCCGAAAAUGCAUGGGUCAAUUUUGAAUCAAAAAUGAAACAUCAUGGUCAAGAGGCAAAUCCGUAUCCUGCUCUCGAGCAUAUCCGAAACAAUAUCGAAACCCUUACUGAUAAACAGCUCCAGCUUGGGUUACUGGAUGCAUUCACUCGAACUCGCGAUGCACAUACUUUCAUGACGUUAGCUGGUCCGUAUAGUUGCUUUUAUGUUACCACGGGAAUCUUUUUUCAAUUUAUUGAUGGUCCAGGAGAUAUGAUCAAAAACCCAACAAUCGUCGUCAGUAAACCCGUCAAUCGUGAAAUAUUUGACCUACUACGUAAUACUGCUUAUAGCCAAAUUAGAGUUGGAGAUCAACUUGUCAGUAUUAACGGCCUCACUUUUUACCAGUGGAAAAACAAACAUCGAAAUGUCAUUGGUGGGUCUACCGAGUCUCAUAGUCAGCGUUUAGCAUUAAAAUAUUUGACUUCCAGGCAUGGAUCUCAUACCCCACUUCCUGAUGAAGACUCUAUCAAGCUUAAACUAAAAUCUCGUGGCGGCAUCAUAUACGAAGUUGAUGCACUACACAUGUCUAAGCAUCGAUAUAGCUGCUGGAAGUACUCCAGUAAACUUUACAAACAUUUGACAGGCGUGGUUCUCAGUAUACCUCUAAAAAAUACAGUUGCUGUAAAAUCCAAUAGUCAUGCCUUGUCAACUACAACAGUCGAUGAUCGUACCACAAGUUCCCAAUCUACCAAGUCAUUGGUCACUCCUCGCCAUAUUCGAAAACGGGAUCAAAACAGUCAAUAUCAAGACACAGGACGAUUGUCAAAACGUGAUUUACGGAUUUCAUUUUAUCAAACGAGUAUACUCGGACUAUCUUGGACAAUUUGGAGACCCAACGAUCAAAACAUGGGAAUAAUCAGACUGGCAUCGUUCAGCUGCACGUCCCGCACAACAAACAUGCAAAAUACUCUUGAAGCCAUUCUUGAAGUGACAAGACUAUUGAAGACAGUGCUCAAAAACACCAAUUCUAUUUUGAUCGAUGUUCGUGAAGGUGGUGGUGGAUGUCCAAUUUUUGCAAAUGCCAUUCCACAGCUAUUCAAGAGCAAGCUUGAACCAUUUCAAGUGAAAUAUCUCAUAAACAAGGUCACAUCCAAUAUGUUUGCAAAUUCACCCGAGGAAUUGAAAUCAUCUCGUAAUGCUUGGUCCAAAACACCAGCUGGAAGCAAGUAUUCAGUAUUGCAUUAUAUUAUGGAUCCAAAGGAAUUAGGAACUUACAAUCCGAUUUAUGAUAAACCAAUGGGUGUAUUUACCAGUGGUAAUUGCGUUUCUGCAUGUGAAGUCAUGACAGAAUCCGUGCAGUCAUUUGGAAUCGGAACAGUGUUUGGUGAAGAUGUCACAACGGCAGGUGCUGGUGCAAAUGGUUGGGAUCUAGAUCCAGAACUUAUCUUUUAUGAUCCGACAGACUUUAAACCAAUGCCAUUCAAAAAAGAGUUGACAUCUGAUACCAAGGAAACAUUUUACAACGGAAUGGCUGUAGGUCAUCGGGCAUUUGUCCGUAAUGUCAAUCAUAAAGAACAUCCGAUUGAAGAUAUUGGCAUCCAUAUCACCAAGUCGUUAAAGCUAUAUGCUUACAAAACGACCGUUGUUAAGGGACAGCCGCUAAGCAUGAAUGAUUUAUGCAUCUAUCUAUUAUGGCACAAGCCAGCCUGCAUCGAUUGCGAGUUAUACAAACUGACUGAUCAUACCUCGCAUUCCAUAAUUCCUCAAAUGAUUGUUUUUUUGGUAGCAGUUUUAGCUGCUGCAUCUUGCAUCAAUGCUCAGAUUCCUACAGAACAACCUGCUUUUGUUGAACAUGCUUGGUCCAAGUAUAGACCCAUCAACCUUUAUCGCGAUGCUGGAUUGUUUACCUUUUUCCCAUAUACUCUUGAGCAGCGAAAUGUUCUAGUGUCAAAUGCCGAAAAUGCAUGGGUCAAUUUUGAAUCAAAAAUGGAAUAUCAUGGUCAAGAGGCAAAUCCGUAUCCUGCUCUUGAGCAUAUCCGAAACAAUAUCGAAACCCUUACUGAUAAACAGCUCCAGCUUGGGUUACUGGAUGCAUUCACUCGAACUCGCGAUGCACAUACUUUCAUGACGUUAGCUGGUCCGUAUAGUUGCUUUUAUGUUACCACAGGAAUCUUUUUUCAAUUUAUUGAUGGUCCAGGAGAUAUGAUCCAAGACCCAACAAUCGUCGUCAGUAAACCCGUCAAUCGUGAAAUAUUUGACCUACUACGUAAUACUGCUUAUAGUCGAAUUAGAGUUGGAGAUCAACUUGUCAGUAUUAACGGCCUCACUUUUUACCAGUGGAAAAACAAACAUCGAAAUGUCAUUGGUGGGUCUACCGAGUCUCAUAGUCAGCGUCUAGCAUUAAAAUAUUUGACCUUCAGAUAUGGAUCUUAUACCCCACUUCCUAGUGAAGACUCUAUCAAGCUUAAACUCAAAUCUCGUAACGGUAUCAUAUACGAAGUUGAUGCACUACACAUGUCUAAGCAUCGAUAUAGCUGCUGGGAAUACUCCAGUAAACUUUACAAACAUUUGACAGGCGUGAAUCUUGAUAUACAUUUAGAAAAUACAGUUGCUGUAAAAUCCAAUAGUCAUGCCUUGUCAACUACAACAGUCGAUGAUCGUACCACAAGUUCCCAAUCUACCAAGUCAUUGGUCACUCCUCGCCAUAUUCGAAAGCGGGAUCAAAUCAGUCAAUAUCAAGACACAGGACGAUUGUCAAAACGUGAUUUACGGAUUUCAUUUUAUCAAACGAGUAUACUCGGACUAUCUUGGACAAUUUGGAGACCCAACGAUCAAAACAUGGGAAUAAUCAGACUGGCAUCGUUCAGCUGCACGUCCCGCACAACAAACAUGCAAAAUACUCUUGAAGCCAUUCUUGAAGUGACAAGACUAUUGAAGACAGUGCUCAAAAACACCAAUUCUAUUUUGAUCGAUGUUCGUGAAGGUGGUGGUGGAUGUCCAAUUUUUGCAAAUGCCAUUCCACAGCUAUUCAAGAGCAAGCUUGAACCAUUUCAAGUGAAAUAUCUCAUAAACAAGGUCACAUCCAAUAUGUUUGCAAAUUCACCCGAGGAAUUGAAAUCAUCUCGUAAUGCUUGGUCCAAAACACCAGCUGGAAGCAAGUAUUCAGUAUUGCAUUAUAUUAUGGAUCCAAAGGAAUUAGGAACUUACAAUCCGAUUUAUGAUAAACCAAUGGGUGUAUUUACCAGUGGUAAUUGCGUUUCUGCAUGUGAAGUCAUGACAGAAUCCGUGCAGUCAUUUGGAAUCGGAACAGUGUUUGGUGAAGAUGUCACAACGGCAGGUGCUGGUGCAAAUGGUUGGGAUCUAGAUCCAGAACUUAUCUUUUAUGAUCCGACAGACUUUAAACCAAUGCCAUUCAAAAAAGAGUUGACAUCUGAUACCAAGGAAACAUUUUACAACGGAAUGGCUGUAGGUCAUCGGGCAUUUGUCCGUAAUGUCAAUCAUAAAGAACAUCCGAUUGAAGAUAUUGGCAUCGUAUCUGACGUUGUAAUCCGACCACGGUUGGAAGAUAUUCUUUCUGGCGGAACGAUUAAUUCGCAGUACAAUUAUAUUGCAAACUAUUUGAUUGAAGCUGGCAAAAGACCAGCCAAAACAGUUUGA